CUUCUGUUUUGCUUCCUCGACGCGCAUGAGACAAAUCAACGUGGUUUUCUCCUACUAAAUGUUCCUGCUUCUAUAAUAAUUAAAACUUUUAGUUUUUAGUUUUUUCUCGGAACACAUUCAGAUUAUAAUAUUCUUAACAAGUAAAUCGGUUGUUUUUCUUGUUUUGCAUCCGAAACGUUUUGGUUAGAGAAGAAACGGAAAAGGUAGACUACUAUAUUAUACUAGUACUAGUAUACUAUUUGGGUGGUUAAAUUUCCUACAGUGUAAGAGUAAACAUGUUUGAUGAAUACGAGGAUUGGAAUGACGAACCAGAAGCAAAUAUUUGGAGUCAACCCGUAUUUACAAACACACAGAAAGAUGACAGCAGCUCAAACGUAAAGUCCAAGGUUGUUGGGAAAAAGAGCCUGCUGCGGACCCUGCAGACACUGGGAUCAGUACCGGAGUGGAAGAAUGACAACGAGAUGGAUAGUGACAGAGAGACAGACGUCACUUCAUCGCAGAGUAAAAAGAAGAAAAGGAAAAAAAAGAGAAAUAGUGGAGAGAAAUCAAAGCAGCAAGAAGGUGGAGAUGUUCAGACUGUAAAGGAGGGGAAAACUGUGUCAGAAAAGAAGAACGUAAACAAACCUGGAACUCUGCAGACAAACAGCACGUCUGCAGACGAGACAAAGGAGAAAAAUAUCACAGAAUCACAAGUGGAUGUAAACAAACCGCAGAGCGCAGAGAAACUUAGCAGACAACAGUGGAAGGUCAAGAUGAAGAACAAGAGAAGAUGUAAAAAUAAAUACCGCCAGGAUAAACCAGAGGAGAAUGUAAACAAAGCGCAAUCUGUUGAUGGACAGGAACCGAAAGAAGAAACCCAAAUAGAAUCACGUAGCAACAAUAGUCACUGUGAAAACAAUGGUCACGCAGAAGAACAACAAAAGAAAAACCAGCAUAAACCAGUGAAAAGGAAAAAUACAGAUGUGGAGAUGGAUUUAUUUACUCCAGCAACAAUGAAAAAGCAACAAAAGGCAGAGAAAAGGGUAAAAGGUGGAAAGACUACAACCAGUGUGUUUGGAGGUUCUGCUGAUGGAUCGAAUCAGGAAGCAGGUGGGCUUCAGAUGAUCAGGAGUAAUCAGCAGCAGGCUGCCAGAAAACCACAGAAACCCGAGCUGACCAAAGAGCAGAGUCGAAAAAGACAGAAGCUGCAGAAAAUCCUCCUCAGCCAGGAAAAGGAUAAACAUGAAGCUCAAGAGGAGAGAAACGUCGCUCAGAUGGAAGUAGAGGAGGUGGACCAAAGCCACUCUGACUCCCUCAGGUCCCGCAUGGAGCAGCGACUGGAGGCGGCUCGGUUCCGCUACAUUAAUGAACUGUUGUACACUACGACCAGCGGGGAGGCGAAGCGCAUGUUCCGACAGGACCCGCAGGCCGCCAGCGUUUACCACAGAGGUUACACGGCCCAGGUUCAGAGAUGGCCCUCCAAUCCAGUGGACGCCAUCAUCUCUUUCAUUAAGAAAAGGCCUCCUUCGCUGGUGGUGGCAGACUUCGGCUGUGGCGAUUGUAAAAUAGCGCGCAGUGUGAAGAACAAAGUGCACAGCUUCGACCUGGCUGCCACCUGCGAGCUCGCCACAGUGUGCGACAUGGCCAGCGUGCCCCUUGGUGACGGCUCCGUGGACAUCGCCGUGUUUUGUCUGUCCCUCAUGGGGACCAACUUGGCAGAUUUCUUGGCCGAGGCCAAUCGAGUUUUAAAGAUGGGGGGGAUCCUCAAAAUAGCAGAAGUAGCGAGUCGAUUUGACAGCGAGCGAUACUUCAUCACAGCACUGACACGACUGGGAUUUAAGAUGACGUCCAAGGACACAGAAAACAGUCAUUUCUACUCCUUUGAGUUUGUGAAGACGGGAGAUGCUCCAAAAAAUGUCAAGAAACUUGGACUGCAGUUGAAGCCCUGUUUGUACAAGAAAAGAUGAUGUCAGUGGAAGACUUGCUAAAUGUGCUAAAUGUUUGUAUCAGUCAUCAGAACAGUCAGCUGUGCUUUGUGGAUGUAUUGUUUUAACAUGAACAGUGGGAUGCAAAUAAUCAUUUACAAUUUUAAGUAGAGUAACCCAGAGCUAAAGUUCGGCAGCCAUCUCAACCAUCAGUGUUUUUAAACGAGUUUUGUUGCAGCGAAGAGUAUUUUCUGCUCAUAUUGAGGAUUUGUGUUUUUUUUUUUUUUUUCUUUCUUCAGAAAGUUUCAG